UUCCCCAGGGCCCUUGCCUCACUGCUGCUCCAGCAGCUCCAUACCUCAGCUCACAAGCCAGACAAGUCUUUGCCAAGAGUGGAACCUGCUGCUAGCUGCUACCUUCCUGAUUGCCGGCAAGAAGAGUGGUCACUGAAGAGUGUGCUUGAACUGAUUGCUGGUUAAGCUUCACCAUGGCUGGGAAGGCUGCGUGCCAGAUGGCCUUGGCACUGGCACUGAUGCUGCCCCUGGCUAAGCCCGCUCUUAGCGGCUGCCCAGGUGCCUGCCGCUGUUCCUUUGCCAUGCUACAGUGCCUGGAAGAAGAUGGCAUCACCAGUAUCCCGGCGCUGGCACCACAGGAGAGCGAAAACGUCACAGAAAUCUACAUCGAGAACCAGUCCAACCUGGAGAAUAUCACAGACAUAGAUCUUGCUAACUACAGAGAGCUGAAGAACCUCACAGUCACAGACUGCGGGCUGGUCUUCAUCUCUGAUAAUGCCUUCCAAAACAACUUCAAGCUCCAAUAUGUGAACCUGGCCAUAAACUCACUUGUGCACAUCAGCUGGAGAGUGUUCCACUCCCUUCCUCUCCUAAACCUAGUUCUGAGGGAUAACCCUCUUGUUUGCUCGUGCGAUAUCUACUGGUUACAGCAGUGGCAAAGAUCAAAGCAAGUAGACAUCGACAGUCAGCAGAGCUGCAGAUACAACGGCAGCAGCAUUCAGCUGGACAGCUUUGUGAUGGAGAACUGCAGUGUUCCAGAGGUCUCCGUCAAUGCGCCCGUUCGGACCAUUAAGGAGGGAGGAAAUCUGACGUUUGAGUGCCAAGUGACCGGUGCACCGGUCCCCACGAUUAGGUGGAUAACAGAGCAGCUCCGUUCCAACUGGACCCUGCAGCGGGGGAUAUGGGGCUCCACUCUGGAGCUGGUGCUGCACCUGUGGAACGUGUCAUCUGAAGACAACCUGCACAACCUCACCUGUGAGGCAGAGAAUCGAGCAGGCCCUGGAAAGGCCAUGGUGCAGCUCAACAUUGAAUUCCCAGUGAAGAUCCUGUUCUUGAGGGAGGCAGAGCAGCAGCAUCAUUGGUGUUUCCCCUUCGCAGUGGACGGUAAUCCAGCCCCCACUAUUAGGUGGCUGUACAACAGCAUGCCACUCAGUGAGACCAAAUAUACCUACACCCAGCUGAUCAUGGACCAGGGCGAUGGCUCCGUCCAGCACGGCUGCCUCUUCCUCAACAAGCCCACCCACCUCAACAACGGCAAAUACACACUCAUAGUGGAGAACAAAUACGGCAGAGAUGAGGCCACCGCCAAAGGCAUAUUCAUGGACAAUCCUUUUGACCCCUUUGACCCAGAAGGCGUCAUCCCUGUGUUAACCAAUACCCCAACAGUACCAACCAACCAGUCCACGGAGAAUGUCACAGAGAAGCUGGAAACCAGAUUGUUUGGGGUGUCUGUUGCUGUAGGCCUUGCUGUAUUCGCUUGCACAUUCCUCCUCAUCAUGGUGCUGGUCAUCAAUAAGUGCGGGCAGCACUCCAAGUUUGGCAUCCACCGGUCAUCUGUUCUAGGCACGGAGGAUGACCUCGCUGUCUCUCUGCGUUUUAUGAACUUUGGUGCCAGUCCUCCUUCCUCAGAUGAAGGCACACUGGACUCUGGGCUGUCCAGCUUCGUGGAGAACCCUCAGUAUUUCUGCGGCAUCAUCAAAGACAAGGACAUGUGUGUGCAGCACAUUAAGAGGCAGGACAUCAUGCUGAAGUGGGAGUUGGGAGAGGGAGCCUUUGGCAAGGUUUACCUGGCUGAGUGUGCCAAUCUCUGUCCAGACACGGACAAGAUGCUGGUGGCCAUUAAGACGCUAAAGGACGCCAACGAGUCAACUCGUCAGGAUUUCCAGCGAGAGGCCGAACUGCUGACCGUUCUCCAGCACGAGCACAUUGUCCGCUUCUACGGAGUGUGUACAGAUGGAGAGCCUCUCGCUAUGGUGUUUGAGUACAUGAGGCACGGAGACCUCAACCGCUUCCUCAGGGCUCAUGGUCCAGACGCUCGGAUCCUGGACGAGGUUAAGAUGCCCCCAAUGGGUCAGCUGACUCUGCCACAGAUGCUCCAGAUAGCUGCCCAGAUUGCCUCGGGCAUGGUGUAUCUGGCCUCGCUCCACUUCGUGCACAGGGACCUAGCCACCAGGAACUGCCUGGUCGGGGAAGGUCUCAUGGUCAAGAUUGGAGACUUUGGAAUGUCCAGAGACAUCUACAGCACUGAUUACUACAGGGUUGGAGGCAGAACCAUGUUACCUAUUCGUUGGAUGCCACCUGAAAGCAUCAUGUACAGAAAGUUCACCACAGAGAGUGAUAUCUGGAGCUUUGGGGUUGUACUUUGGGAAAUCUUCACAUAUGGCAAACAGCCUUGGUACCAGUUGUCCAACAGUGAGGCAAUCGAGUGCAUCACGCAGGGCAGAGAGCUGGAGAGGCCGCGGACGUGUCCCAAAGAGGUUCACCUCCUCAUGCAAGGCUGCUGGCAGAGGGAGCCGCAGCAGCGCCUCGUCAUCAAGGACAUCUACAGCCGCCUGGUGGCCUUGGUCAAGAACCCUCCGGUCUACUUGGACAUCCUGGAGUGA